AUGCCAACCUCACCACCCUUUCUCGAGGCGAAGCAUUGGAUUCUCGAGUCGUCGCCGGAUUCGCAGCCAUGGAGGGAGACUCGAUCAACUGCUAAAAACUACAAUGAUUUGGCCAAAAUCAACAACAAUCCGACAGUGACACCCGAGUUCCUGUUGUCACCACUACAUAACCUGCGAACUGACCAAGUUAUCCAAGACUGA